AUGCUGUUUGUGUCUACCCCACUAGCGGCGGCGCUGAUAACGUUCAUCAUCCUCGAUGUGUUCUACUUCAGCUUCAUCUUUGUCUACCGGCUGCUCCUGAAGGUGGUGUACUUCCUUCUUUCAUAUAUGCUCCUCCGGCUUGGGGCCAACGUCACCGCGUUGAUCAUCGCUAAAAACGGGAUCUGGUGGGGGCUGGCGUUCGCCUAUAAUUUCUUGAGUACGUGGCCGAUCUUGUUUUUGGUGUUUCUGACGUGCUGCUUUUUAUUUCAGACUCACGAAACUCCCAUUUACGAUGAGGACGAUAAGGCAGUGUACCUUAUUAACGAGGAGCGGGCCUCGAGAAUCUUUCUCCUCAAAGGGUUAUUCAUGGCAGUACUGUUUGCUGCCGUGAUUUUAAUGGUGGUGGGAGCAGGUAUUAUCGCUGGCCACCCCCUCGAAGAUUUACAUAACCACUCAAAAUGGACGGCGUCUCAAGGGUUAAGAAUUGCCGGCAAUCUGGUGUGGCUAUUGGUGGUGGCGUGUAUCCUGGGGGUGACUGUAUGUCGCUACCCUGUGUAUCGAGACACGCCCUACGCCUUCAGUUUUAUGACCACGAUGCUAUGCUGUGUGCUUCUUGUGGUGCUGCUCAUCCACAAUAUCUUAGCGGUAGUGGUGGCUCCCAUCGACUACUAUAAUCCUGCCAGCAUCCGCUCGUUUGUCCAGUACGAGUACCCGAUGCUGGUGACGAUGGAAUACAUCGUGGCGGUGUUGGCGCUGUAUCUGUACUGCUGUAUCAAGGCUGAGGAGUAUAUCACCGUCGACUAA